AAUCUAAGAAAGGUGGAGACUUCGGGAUAACUUCCUGCACAGUACUCUUAAGAAUCAUACCUCAUAGUUUAACAACAGGCCGACAUUUAAACCAAGUUGAAUGGAUUAAUAGCGCAAAUAAACUCGCUAACAAGCACUUCACCAACACGAUUCCACGCACAAGUAGGAUUUACUGCUAGCAUUCAUCCUGCUAGCUAACAUCAGCUACCAGGACGGCAGAUUGUACACAUCAGAUCAAGACGGUCUCGUAUCGAAGGACAGUAUGGUUGAGGUGGUGGUGGAGUAUGAGUAUGAAGCCCUCCACGAAGAUGAGUUGACCCUCAGGCUUGGAGACGUGAUCAGAAAUGUACGACGAAUCGAUGAGGAUGGAUGGAUGGAAGGAGACCUCAAUGGGAAACGAGGCCUUUUCCCAGAUAACUUUGUAAAGGAGGUGAAAAAAGAUGAGCCAAAGUCCAAAGAGGAGCCAAGGGAGGCUAAAGAAGUGAAGGAGGUAAAGGAUGAGACUCCAUUACAGCGGCGAGCAUCAAAGAAUGUAGCAAGCCUGGCGCAGAGGAUCAGUACCUACGGCAUCCCGACUGGAGGACUCGGAUUACAACCCCAUUCUCAACCCCGUGCCUCAAAAAAGAAGCCCAAGAAGCGUCAGUGCAAAGUCCUGUUUGAAUAUGUGCCUCAGAAUGAAGACGAGCUGGAACUGAAGAUUGGAGAUAUCAUUGACAUCAUUGAGGAGGUUGAAGAGGGCUGGUGGAGCGGAAGCAUGAAUGGGAAGUCUGGACUCUUUCCUUCCAAUUUUGUCAAAGAAGUUGACUCAACUGAAGACACGGAGACCAGUGAAGUUACAGACGAGCCAGAUAACACAGAUGGAGUGUCUAGCCCCACAUCCCCUCACCCAGGCAACGGGGUCAUGGCCCAGCCGAAGAAGAUUAUGGGCAUCGGCUUUGGCGACAUAUUCAAAGAGGGCUCUGUAAAACUGAGAGUCUCCCAAAGAGGACCGCCUGUAAAUGAGGAAAAGAAAGAAAAACCAAUUCCAUCAUUACCAUCUGCCACAAAACACACUCCUUUGAGCACUCCUGAACCCCCUAAAGGAGAAAAAGAAGCAGAGAGCAAAGGAAAAGUAAAAGAAUACUGCAAGGCCACAUUCCCCUAUGAAGCAACUAACCAGGAUGAGCUGGAUUUAAAGGAGGGAGACAUCAUCCAUGUACUGAGUAAGGACACAGGAGAGCCAGGCUGGUGGAGAGGAGAGAUCAAUGGCAAAGAGGGAGUUUUCCCAGACAACUUUGUAGCUCUGCUUCCUGAGACAGACAAAGAGACACUAACAUCCAAAGGCUCAAUUAAAGCAUCUCCGAAACAGGAACCAGAGGAGAAGCCAAAGAAGCCCCCACCACCAUCCAAAACCACAGUCCUGAAACCUGAGGCCCCCAGUGUGGACAAGAAGCAACCGCAGCCACGGCCUGAAGAUAAAGUUGUCAAGCCCUUGCCAGAGAAACCCGCCAAACCUGCUGGCCCCAUCGUACCUCCGAAAAAACCUGUGCCUCCAAACAAGGGACUGCUGCGUCCUUCCAUCCACACAAAACGACCUGACUUGCCUCUCACUCCAUCACCAGCCGCCAAGCAAGUGCACAAUGGUGAAGUUCCCCUCAUACGAACAAAACCAGAGACCGAACCUGUACCCAUCAAACCAAAAACCCCUGUUGUGGACAGCGGUGAGAAGAAUUCAGAAGCGGUUAAUCUCAUGAGUUUUGAUGAUGUCUCCUCUACCUCGGAGAAGUUAUCCCACCCUACCGCACAGCGACCAAAGAUGCCUGGGAGAAGACCGCCUGGUCACAGAGGCCACUCUCCGAGCAAGGAGAUUAGCGAGAAAGCUGAGAAAAUCGAGGAAGUGGAUGAAGUUGACCCUGUGCCGUCCGCACAGAAUUCGUUUAAGACGUCCGUCUUAUCGCCCUUACCAUCUACAGCACCUAAAGCAAUUUCAGCUACCCAUAUCACGCCUGAGCCCAAACCAAAACCUGACAAGGAAGAGGAGAAAGGAUCUGAACUGGAGGACCUGAAGGCUCAGAUGAAGGAGCUAGUGCUGUCUGUAGAGUUACUAAAGACACAACAGUCGAGAGAGCUCAACGAACUCAGAAAAGAGCUGGAUGAUGAGCGGCUCAAACGGGUGGCCCUGCAGAUGGAGAUAGAUAAACUGAAGAAGAUUGUACAAUCAACAUGAAAUCUGGCACCUUGAACUGGACUGAUGGCUCCGCUGUCGCGUCAAGAGUGGAACGUGACCUCCAGAUGGAGGGACGGAUAUCAUUCACGUCAUCAUUACACUCACUGACUUACUCCACAAAUUGUAAGAUUCACAUAUUUGCACAUGAGGUUUUUUCUAGGUUUAGAAAAGUGUAAUUAUGACAUAUGUAUAUGUUUGUUUUCCUCUCUUUUUUUCUUUUUUUCUUUUUUUUUUUUUUUUUUUUUUUUUUUGCCAACAAAAAAUGAUUGAGGCCUUACUUUACUACUGUGCUGGAUAUGCAUUCUGUGCACUUAAUGAGAAGUGCAGCAGAUUAUGCAUUUAAUACUACUGAGUCUGUAUAAAUGUUGGGGGAUUAUGUUUUUUUAUGACAUGGGUUAGUUUUUAAAGAAAACUAUUAUGAUCUCAGCAAUAUUCUGUCUAUAUUAGCCUCAUUAGAUGAUUAUCAAAUGUAUGGCAUACUCUUGUUUCCUUAGUGAUGAUGUAUUCUGUUGUUGUUUCAAAAGGGAGAACAUUUCUGUUUGUUUUUCUCUAACAUUCCUAUCCAGGGUAACACUAUUGUGCCUGUUAAGAUUUUUACAAGUGUUAAUACUGGGAGCUCUCAUACUAUAUAAAUAUAUAUAUAUAUAUAUAUAAAUAUAUAUGUGUAUACUUAGAUCUACAGCAUGAUAUAUUUUUAUGGUCUAAUGAUUGUGACAUCAUAAAGAAAAUGUACUGGGAUUAUGUACCUGUGUUUUGGUUUAAAAUAUUCACGCCCCCAUAGGAAAAGUAAAAUUGGCUUCAACAAGCAGUGCCAUUUCACCAUACGAAUGGCAGAAAUCCAUUUUGCAAUUUAGGCUUCAUUUUAAUAGCAUAGAGUACCGGUUGUUUUGUUCUGCAGUUACGCCCCCUUGCAAAAAUCACGCUGAAAUUGAAAAGAUCCAUUUGGCUUUUUUGGUAUAACCCUCUCUGACUACUGUUUCUACAUUACUGGUUGGCUAGUUUAUACAUCUGGUAUGAGGAAAUAUGGAUGUUGAGCAAUGAACACCUCAGGUUAUAGACUGGUGGUUGGUACAGAGGGAAGUAGUGGCUCUUUGAGGAGUAUCUUUAGUACUUUUCUCACCACAUUGUUAUCAAUGGCUGUGCUGUAGAAGUAAGUACUGCUGACCAAAAUGGAUCUUUUAGUCAAUUGGUUCUGAUCCUAGAAACAUGCAGUGAAUGAAACACUCUCAGGUACACUGAAGUGUUCCUCAGGCCUCUUAACCCUUAAGCUGAAAAUCCAUUUUUAAAAGCAUUCCUGACCUGGGAUUGUUGGUUUGUCUCUGUGUGAGAGUGUGUAUAGGAGUUGUUGAUGCAGUAGGAUGAAAGGUUGAUCCCUAAAGCAAUAAACCGGCAAAUCUUUUUGGUUUCCAUUUCUCUGUCGUCUGAAAUUGGGUAGAACACAUUCCAUUUUAUUAUUUUAUUUCUUAAGAUCUGUUGUGCACAUACAACAUCUAUCAAAAUGAUCUUGUUUACAUGAUUUACUGAAUUGCAUGAGCUGAGAUUUUUUUCCAAACUAAAUAAAUAUCAUGUUUAUUUACAGA